CUGGGCGUGGAGGUGCUCGUCACUUCUGCCUUUGGAGACCUUUCGGGAGAAAAGACCUGGUUUGAUGACGAUUAAAAGCAUGCUUUCCUCUGAACUUCCUGACGCCAUUUGUUCUGCAGAAUGUCUCUGAGUGAGAAUGAGGUUUUUGCCUAUGAAUCCACGGUGCACAGCACCAACAUCUUGCUCAGCUUCAACGACCAACGGAAGAAAGAUGUGCUAUGUGAUGUCACCCUAUUCGUGGAGGGCCAGCGAUUUCGUGCCCACCGGGCCAUGCUGGCUGCAUGCAGCAGUUACUUCCACUCGAGAGUCAUAGGCCAGGCCAGUGCAGAGCUGAACAUCACGCUACCAGAAGAGGUGACAGUCAAAGGAUUUGAACCUUUAAUUCAGUUUGCCUACACGGCUAAAUUGAUUUUAAGUAAGGACAAUGUGGAUGAAGUGCGUAAGUGUGUGGAAUUUCUGGGUGUUCAUAAUAUCGAGGAAUCCUGCUUUCAGUUUUUCAAAUUUAAGUGUUCAGACUCCACUGCAGACCAGGAAGAAUGCCCAAGAAAAAAAUGUUUUCCAUCACACUGUCAAAAAACUGGCCUUAAAUUUUCACUUGUGGACCAGAAAGAUCAAGCCAUUGAUGGAGUGGUGGAAUUUCUGGAGAAUGCUCCUCCUCUUUGUAAACUAAGCCAGCAUCAGGGGCAUGGAAAAGUAUCCCCUCCUCUACAGGACAGUGCCAGUCAGACAUGCGAGUCCCUGUGCUUAGAAAAGGAUGCUGCACUGGCUUUGCCAUCUCUGUGCCCUAAAUACAGAAAGUUCCAAAAAGCUUUUGGAACUGACAGAGUCCAGUCUGUGGACCCCAGUGUCAAAGACAGUCAGCUGCCUUCUGCUCAGCCAAAUGAGACAACUGAAGAGGAAGGGCUCGGAGGAGCCCAAGAGUGUGCAGAUAUACGAGCAAUUUUAAAAUGUGAAGAAAGUAAAACACCAGCAGAACAUGACGAACUGAAGAGAGAGCUUGCUUCUGAGUGUCUAGCAGUGAAAGCAGAAGUAACUCCAUUCCCUCACAACUCUUCCGCAGAUCCUCACGGAAUCUACUCUCUGUCUCUUUUACAAACCUACGACCAAUAUGGCGACUUGAAUCUUGCUAGUGUGCAAAACACAACAGUGUUACCAGAAAAGCCUUUGUCGGGUACAGAUGUCCAAGAUGAGAAAACAUGUGGGGGAAGUCAGGAUUUACCUUUGAAAUCUGACUCUGGUCCUCAGGAAGAUAGUAGCCUUGCUUCUAGUGACCGGAGCAGUGUGGAACGGGAGGUGGCGGAACACCUCGCAAAAGGCUUCUGGAGUGACAUUUGCAGCACAGACUCCCCUUGCCAAAUGCAGUUAUCACCUGCCGUGGCCAAAGAUGUUCCAGAACACAUCUACUCCCAGAAACGGUAUGAGUGUCCCUGGCUGGGUAUAAGGAUUAGUGAGAGCCCAGAACCAGGUCAGAGGACUUUUACAACAUUAAGGUCAGUCAACUGCCCAUUUAUAAGUACUCUAAGUACUGAAGGGUGUUCAAGCAAUUUGGAAAUUGGCAGCGAUGAUUAUGUUCCAGAACCGCAGCAGGAACCUUGUCCGUAUGCCUGUGUGAUUAGCUUGGGAGAUGACUCGGAGACGGAUACAGAAGGAGACAGUGAAUCCUUUUCAGCCAGAGAACAGGAAUGUGAGGGAAAGCUGCCAUUUAAUGAGCAACGAAUAAUUUCACUCUCUCGAAAUGAUUUCCAGUCAUUGUUGAAAAUGCACAAGCUGACUCCAGAACAAUUGGAUUGUAUCCAUGAUAUUCGAAGAAGAAGUAAAAACAGAAUUGCUGCACAGCGUUGCCGCAAGAGAAAACUUGACUGUAUACAAAAUCUUGCAUCAGAAAUUGAGAAGCUGCAAAAUGAAAAGGAGAGCUUGUUGAAGGAGAGAGAUCACAUUUUGUCAACUCUAGGAGAGACCAAACAGAACCUAACCGGUCUUUGCCAGCAAGUCUGUAAAGAAGCAGCUCUGAGUCAAGAACAAAUUCAGAUCCUCGCCAAGUAUUCAUCCUCGGAUUGCCCACUUUCCUUUUUAAUUUCUGACAAAGGAAAAAGUACUUCUGCGGGCGAAUUAGCCUUACCAUCAAUUUUUAACUUACCUCCAGCCAUCCUGCCUGCCAGUGAGCAAAGUGCUCGCUAUGCCAGUGUGAGAGAAAGCAAGGAGCCUGGCUGUGAGCGGGGCCAGGAGUCACAUGAGGCAGCCCCCGCGGCUUCUGAGCAUGCAGAGCUUGUGGAACAGUGUGGUCAGAGCGGAGGCAUCUCAGAUUUCUGUCAGCAGAUGACUGAUAAGUGUACUACUGAUGCAUAAUUGCCAUUUGCAUUCCCUUCCUUUAAACCACCUGAUUUUCUACUGAAGUUUUGGCUUUGUCUUCUUAGCCUAAUACAGCUACCUGUCUCUUAGUAAUAUGUGUUGUUCUUGUUGUUGUUGUUUAAUUCCUCAUAAGUCAACCCUGACUUCCACAAGAGAUACAGGAAUGUUUUACCUCUUGGAUACUUAAAAAUCCCAUGAGAAAAUGCAAUAGAUCUUUUAAAAUCAUGUUUCAUAGAAUAACACCUAUUUAGGAAUAACUCUUCUCAGUAUUCAAAAUAAACAUGAGCAUGAGAACCACCACAUAUUAAACAACAAAGUGAAAUAUCUGCAGACAGUUCGUUCCAAAGAAACAGUCUCCGAAAGUUGAAUAACUAGGCUAGACCUUUUUGUAGGAUUCCGAAUAAAAGAGGUCCUCCCCAUUCUUCUUCCCAAGCAGCAAUGAUAGGAGUUGCUCCUCCAGAGAAACUGGUGAAGAUUUUCAUCCUGGAAACGGACAGGAACAGUUCUCCUCUGUCCUGCCCGGUUGCUGUGGGUCAGAGUUGGCUCAAUGGCAGUGAGUUUUCAACUUGCCUGAAUUCUAGGACUUGGCUCCUUAACUCCUACUAAAACCAGGGGUGGUUUGGACUUUAUUGUGACACUUGGCUACAUUGGGAGUGUUAAGUAAACGGGUUGCCAAUAUUGAUUACAGAAAUUCUGUCAACAUAAAACAGUAUCAUUAUCUCAUUUGUCUUUUCAGUCUUUCACCACAUCUGAGCCCACUCCUGACAUUCUUGUGUCAUUGGAAGAAGUUGGACUCAGGAUACAGUGCCAUGAGUAAACGAAUGAAUGGACUGUGUGUUAGCUUAGCUUCCUUAGAAUCCAGGAAUGCUUACUGAAACACAGGCUGAUCACCUUCCCACCAUAUGCCACUGUGCAAGGAAACGGGACAGUGGGGCAGUGGGAAGUACUUAUAUAUAUUAGGAGUGGCAGGUAAUGAUUUUCCAUCUUAUUUUUGAAAUCCUGUGGUUUUCUGUGAGAAACAUAAAAAUGUAUCUACAGUAAGCAUGUAGGUUUCUGAAAUAGGAUGAAACUCAAGGAAAAGUAGAUUUUGUUCUAUCGUGGGUUUGAAUUUGGAAACCAGAUUUAAUCCUUUCUCUCCUCUUCAAAUCUGAUGAAGUAUUUGAAGGCACAACUGUCAUUUUGACUUGAGCAUUUUAAAAUCACUCUUUGGGUUUACCUGUUUGUGUUAUUAAGUGUGGUCUUUGUCAUCUGAGGCCCUAUCUGAUAACAUUUUGCAAUGGAUCUCAUCCAUUUUGGUGAUGUGCAUCUGUUUGAAAAUCAAUGGAAUUUAUGGACCCUGUCAGUACUUUUUUUUAAACGCAUACAUUCACAGAAACAUUUUAGAACCCAGUUUUAAAGGUGACAGAGAAAUAGUUGAUAGUAUGUGGGUUAGAAAGGACUUCAUUUCAGGUAUGUGAAAUACACAGUUUAUGAGUCACACCCUGAGUCUAAAACAGGAUCUGUGUAAAUACCGUGGGGGACAAGAGUCCCCAGGAAUGAAUGAAUGUGAAGCAAGUGGACAUUUACCGCAUGGGGACAUGGGGACCAGGCUUAAGACUUCAGAGUAAUCAGUCAUAUGUUACCCUCUUUUGAUAGUGUGUGUGUGUGUGUGUGUGUGUGUGUGUGUGUGUGUGAGAGAGAGAGAGAGAGAGAUUUUUCAGUGAUUUGUAUAUUAUUUCUAUUAUAGCCUUAGUUGUUAAUGAGAGGAAAUUAGUUGGGCUUGUUUAUUUUUUACACGCUUUUAUAAAUACACUCAAGCAUUUGUCAGGGACAUUGAUAAUUCUGUGAUGAUGUAUUCCAUACUCCAGAAGAAUUGUAUGGAAAUGUUCCCAUGUAGCCAUUUCUUUGAUACUUGUCAUUUUAGUUUUUCAACUUCACAACAUAAUAUAAAAAUGUUGCUGGUUUACAAAAUGGUAAACUCUUAGACAAGCCAAUGGAAUCCUUGAUUUUCUACCUCAGUGUACACUCAACUGCUUGUCUUGUCAGUUUGUGUAUGCACCAGUGUCACAUGUUCUGCUUUCAUUGCUUCUGUAAAUAUCUGCUUUGAAAGGUUUACUAUUUUACAAUAAAAUCAAGUUGUCUCCAGAGAUUAAAUAUGACUUUCACGACACUUGGUUUAAGUUUCUCUCUACAUAAAAGCAGUGUAGCAUUAUGGAUUUAUUUUAAUGGUAUUCUGAUUAUUGGCCAACUGUAAUUUCUCGUAAAACAAUAGCAUUACUUUUAUAGCCAGCAUAGAAUACAAGUAACUAUACUACCUCAUACCCACAUGAUUUUACAAGUUAUAGUACAGAUGAACUGAGAGGUAAAGAGGAUUUUAUCUGUCUGUCUGGCCAUAAGAUGAGGAAGUUUUCUACAUCGCAUAGCAUCACUCAUGUAUGCCUAUUUUAACAUUGACUUUUAGAGAAGUUUUUGUAAGAAAAUCUGUUCAAGUUGUUUUGUUUUUAGAGGUUGCUGAAGACAAUUGACAGGAUAUAGUGUGUAUACAGUGUAUACCUUUUCCUUCAUGCAGGAGUUUGAAAAGGCUGGUUUUACUUUGUACAUUGCAUAUUUACAUGAUCAUUGUUCCUAUUUUAUGAACUGGCUUUCUCAGUGUUUGAUAAUUUUGUAAAAGAUGUAUUAUGUCUUUACUCAGUAAAAUAACAUUACCUUUUAAAAUCUCUCCACCACCACCCCUUAUUUUAAUUCUAUAGCUAUAAUAAGCACAUGAUUUGUUCAUUUGUUACAUUCAAAAAAUUUUGGAUAUACUCUUGGUUCUGUGUGAAUUUUAUGAUUGACUACAGUUUAACACAAUUACAAAUAAGGAAAUAUAUUUAAUGCAGUUGAUGACGAUGCAGGUUGCAUGUGGUCCCUCAGCCACUUAACAACUUGGGGAAAUACAACAAUCAAACAAAGGCAAUGUUACAGUGAAUUCUCAGGUAAACUUUUCUUCAGUUAUGAAACAUCUAUUUUGAAUUUGUAAAUAUUUUAAGUGUUUUAUUAAGGCAUGUAAUAAACUAUUCUUUGAAGCCUGUUGGACAGAAUGAAAAUUUACGGCCAUAAUGGUAAACAAUGGCAUACUGAUUGUAAAAUAAACAAAAAUAAGAACAUUCA